CAGCAGAUGAAACCUCAACAACAUCCGCUGGGCGUCACACACACUCUCCACUAAACACACACGCUCCACUGAACACACACUCUCCGCUAAACACACACGCUCCACUGAACACACACUCUCCGCUAAACACACACUUCGCUCGAGCCUCCUCUCUCCGGGUCUCUCGAGCUCCGUACCGGACGGACCGGGAUCGGAUAGUCCUCUCGGACCCAGCCGGAGCUCGGCCGCUGCGGGGCGGAUGGAGCGGCAGCCCGGAGCCGCGGGGCCCGGCAGGAAGCCGUGGAGCUCCCCCACCGGAGGACCGGGAGGACCGGGGGCCGCGGAGCCGCUGGACAGUCCCUCAGGUUCUCAUGUGGAGUGGUGCAAACAGCUGAUCGCCGCCACAAUCUCCAGUCAGAUCUCCUCCUCCACGGGGCCUGAGCACGGCAUCAGGGACAACAAGGCUGGCAGACGACCUGACUUCAUGGUAUCCAAGAGGAUGACUCCCAGGCAGGACUCUCUGGAUGACAGUGACUGUGAACACCCUUCAGCCUCUUUGAACCUUCCGGCUCUGAGGUUCGGAGCUCAGGCGAAGGUGUUCCAGGACCAGGUCCCCCUGCUUCCAGGAGAGACCGUCCAGACCACAGUGAAAGAUGUGAUGUACAUCUGUCCCUUCAGCGGUCUGGUUAACGGCACUCUGACCAUCACAGACUACAAGCUGUACUUCACCAGCGUGGAGAAGGACUCCCCCUUCGUCCUGGACGUCAACCUGGGGGUCAUCAGCCGCCUGGAGACCAUCACCGUUCCCAACCAGGGGGAGAACACCAAGGGCCUGGAGCUGGUCUGCAAGGACAUGAGGAGUCCCAGGUUCGCCUAUAAGACGGAGGACAACCAGCCAGAUGUGGUGCAGCUGCUGUCCAAACACGCCUUCCCUCUGUCCAGCAACCAGCCUCUCUUCGCCUUCCUGUACCAGGAGCAGUUUCCAGUGGACGGCUGGAAGGUGUACGACGCGGUGGCGGAGUACAGGCGGCAGGGCCUCCCCAACGAGAGCUGGACCAUCAGCAGGCUGAACAGCGGCUACGAGCUGUGCGACAGCUACCCCGGCGUCCUGGUCAUCCCCACCAACAUCUCGGAGGAAGACGUGAAGCGAGUGUCCCAGUUCAGAGCCCGGCACCGCAUCCCGGUCUUGUCCUGGAUCCAUCCGGAGUCUCAGGCCACCAUCGUGCGCUGCAGCCAGCCGCUGGUCGGGCCUUCGGACCGCCGCUGCAAAGAGGACGAACGCUUCCUCCAGAUCAUCAUGGACGCCAACGCUCAGUCCCACAAGCUGACCGUGUUUGACGCCCGGCAGAACAGCAUGGCGGUCACCAACAAGGCCAAAGACGGCGGCUACGAAAGCGAGAGUUUCUACCCCAACGUGGAGCUGAACUUCCUGGAAAUCCCCAACAUCCACGUGAUGAGGGAGUCUCUGAGGAAGAUGAAGGACGUGCUGUACCCCACCAUCGACGAGGCUCACUGGCACUCCGCCGUGGACCAGACGCACUGGCUGGAGUACAUCCGGCUGCUGUUGGCGGGAGCGGCCAAGGUGGCGGACAAGCUGGAGUCUGGGAAGACGUCGGUGGUGGUGCACUGCAGCGACGGCUGGGACCGCACCGCCCAGCUCACCUCGCUGGCCAUGCUGAUGCUGGACAGCUACUACCGCACACUCAGAGGCUUCCAGGUUCUGGUGGAGAAGGAGUGGAUCAGCUUCGGACACAAGUUCUCUGCCCGUGUCGGCCACGGCGACGAGAACCACGCCAACUCGGAGCGCUCGCCGCUGUUCGUCCAGUUCGUCGACUGCGUUUGGCAGAUGACCCGCCAGUUCCCAGCAGCCUUUGAGUUCAACGAGCUGUUCCUGAUCACGGUUCUGGACCACCUGUACAGCUGCCUGUUCGGUACCUUCCUCUACAACAGCGAGCAGGAGAGAGCGGCGAAGGAGGUCCAGAGCCGGACCGUGUCCCUGUGGUCCUACAUCAACAGCCAACCCGAGGACUUCACCAACCCCUUCUACGUGGACUACGAGAACCACGUCCUGUAUCCGCUGGUCUCCUCCAGACACCUGGAGCUGUGGACCAGCUACUACGCCCGCUGGAACCCCCGCAUGAGGCCUCAGGUUCCGGUGCACCAGAGCCUGAAGGAGCUGCUGAUCCUGAGAGCAGAGCUCCACCGGCGGGUGGAGGAGCUGCAGAGGGAGGCCUCCACACACUCCCUGUCCUCCUCCGAACACUCCCCCUCCCCCACCCACACCGCGGGAACCCCGCUGCACAGCGCCGUCUGACACACACACACACACACACACACACACACACACAUCCAGACAUCCAGCUGAAACUCGCUGAACAAUGUUUACGAAAUGAGGAAUUCAAACUUUCUUUAACAUUCCUGCAGUUUGAGGAGGAUUAUGGAUGAAGUAUUAUAUUACAGAGGUCACAGCUUUUCGUAGAUCCUGGCACUGGAGUUUCCUGUUUACACUCACACCCAUACACACACACACACUUCACUCACUCAGCCUGUUCUCCCUCUUCACUGCCCUCCUGUGUCGAUCUGAGUAGAUCUGUUAAAGAUGGAGACGAAGCAGGACAGACGGAAGGUCACUUCUUCAGGUGGUCAUGAGUGUGUGUGUGUGUGUUUACCUUGUAUCUUCUCCCUGUGUGCGUCCUGUUGUUGUUACACCACCCUGUCUGUUGACGACAUUGUGAUCAGUGUGUUUCAGAUCAGUGGUGGCUGCUGGUCUUCCAAAGAGGGGAAGCUCAUUUUCAGCAUACAUUGUAAUAUGUGUAAUCUGUUUUUUUGUAUGUAAAUUCUAUUAGCUUUCAUGCCUUUU